ACGGAAAAACAGUUUACUUCAUCAAUGAUUGAGCUAAAGAAAGUAUGCAGCCUGACUCAGGAGGCUGCGAAAUUCAUUUCUAGCUGGCGGCGUCAAAAUAAGCUGCCGCAAACAGAUACAACUGAGACACCUCGACUUUUGAACCAGGAAAAAAAUGGAGUAAUUCUGUUUACAUGGGAUGAUGCAACAGAACACAGCAAGGGAAGCAUAGUUACCCAUGUGGGGUUGUAUGAUCCGGCCGUACAGAAACAUCAGUUGAUAUGGACUUAUUCCCAGCGUGUCAACAUUGUCUCCUGUUCCAUCAACCAGGCAAGGUCGCUUUUGGCUUUCACGACUUUUCGAAAAGACUCCAGUUCUGCAAAGAAAAAAGAUGUGUAUACAGCAUUCAUCGCAGAGAUCCAGGUAGCUAUCACUCGUGUCUUUUCCCUCAAUUUGGAGCGAUCCUACUUCCUCAAAGUCCAGUUCCUGUACAGCAGCCAGAUAUCCGAUAAGGAAUGUCACAUGAUCGUCAUGCUCCACCGGGAAUCAAUUGGUUUAUACCGUAUACCAUUGGGCAGAGUCGGUGACAAGGGCGUUGUGAUGCGUGAUCAGCCUUCGACAGAACAGCUGACAAAAAAAUUUUACUGGUGUCAGUGGGACAUAACCAAUCAGCGACUGUAUUAUGUACACUAUCAGCGUUACGGCAAGGCAGACAGCCAACAAAUACAGCCCUUCAUCUCCAGUGUACAAUUCUAUGACGAGGCUAAACAUGACAAUGUGCUGGAUAUACCCAUCAAUUUUCCAUUCCCACAACUUCGAGCCUCACCACGACAACACUACAUGCCCUACCCAUUCCAUCAUGGCAUCCCAGACAUGUUCCUGAACAUGGUAGUCCUCACUCAGACAAAUGGGACCUUCUGUGUCUGUUACCAACUCCUAACAGAAACACCUUAUGGCGAGCGGACAAGGUCAUCUAGUCGGUCAAGGAAAUCACCAGCACAUGUAACGCCUAGCCCCUCAUCACUGAAUCUGGCCUUGUCUUCUGAGAAUGAGGAGGAGGUGAUGGAAAUAUCCUAUUAUAUCUGCAUGGUCCAUCAUGCCAAGAUCCUUCAUGGUCGAGUAUCAGGGAUUCCCUUCUCGGCUAAACACAGACUUCACUUCUCCUGGCAUAGUGACUACCUGAUGGUGAUACUACCAGGGCAUUUUGUACACCUGUUAAAUGUAGGACUGGAGUUUGAGCCCUGCCAUCACAUUCUACUUCAUGACAAGACAUUAAGAUUAAAUUCCAUAGUGAACCAAAUGCCUGUUACACCAGAGGGCAGUACUCCUUCGCCGGUUCUUCGACAGAACUCCGAGGAGGAAGUCACAGUAUCAGUUCUGUCCAGGACAACAGAGUACCUCUCUCACCUUUCCAACACCUGUCUUCAUGCCAUCCAGAAAGAUUCGCCUACAGAUUUAUACCUGUUUGAGUACACUCGUGGGGAUGUUUGGAAAGUGGCUGUAAAUACUGACACCCUAGUAAAUAUAUUUAGUGAGAGUACGAUGCAGACAACAAGGGCUGCUUUGCUGCACUAUGCACUGUUGCGUACAAGGGACUUUUGGCUCAUCAAACGGUUAUUUGAGAUGAUUAGCAAUGACAUUGCAAGUGCAGAAGUUCCUGGACUGAUGGCUGAGUUCUUAGCUGGGACGACCUACUCCAGUAUGAGACGACAGGUAGACAGGGAAUGUCUGAGGUUACUUCCCUUUACAGUGACUGACACCUUCAGAUCACAGUGUGAUAAAAGUUGGGACGGUGUGAUGCAGGCAAGGGUCACAUUCUCUGCACUCAGAUCUGUCAAGAUAGGCACACGUACAGCCCAGGAUAGACAGCGUCAUGGCAACGUCGGAGACGACAUGUGGGACACACUACGUCGUCACUUACAAUGGAUGCAGAUCAACGACUGCACUCGUCGCUUCUCAAACAGUGUUAUACACAAGGCUAAUCACCAGCUGGAGAAUGGGUUUUGGGCAAAGAGCGGAAUCAAGGACCAGUCCACCAGUAUAGCCAAGACGUUCCUCAAUACUUUCAACACACGCAUUAACAGUUCAAGGACAGACUCACCCUCACCAGCUUCAAUGAUUGAUGGUAGUAAGAGAGUGCGACCAGACACAGUGUUGGGCCUUGCCCCCCCUUUCCUACAAAGUAGCCUCACAACUGGGGUGUCAGACAGUAUUAUGGCUUUGACAAAAGAUCUUCUCAGCAAUCAUUUGAAUCGACACAUGAGGAAAGAGUCGAAGAGCAAAGCACAAAGUGUAGCCAAAGAGUAUGUGUAUUGUCAGCUCCAGCAGUCUCGUCAGUUGUGUCACCUCCUGUGGAACCUCCGUGGUCCAUUGCUACCAUACACUGACCUUGACUUUCUGCCCAACCUACUUGACCCCUGUACAGAGGAUGAGUAUGAACUGUUCCAGUUGUUUGAAAGAUAUUACCUUGCAUGUCAGGACCAUGUCUUCCCCUUACUUCAAGGAUUUUCGUCCUACUUCACCACUUUAGGAGCACGGAGCCUGAACAAAAGUUUGUUCUUCCAAUACAUAGACCGAGGGGUUCUACGACUGACUGGAGAUUUCAUGGCCCAAGUUUUAGGAGAUUUACCUGAUGACAGUGACAAUGUCACAUUCAAGCAGCAGCUGAUAUCCCGACUCCCUGUGGAUUUGGCAGAAGAAUGUUACAGACAGUGGAACCAUCCAAUAUGUCAGAAAUACCUGGCCAAGAAACAGGUCACACAACUACUGACAGGUGGAGUAUAUACAGGAGCAUCAGACAAAACAAUGGACGUUGCACAGGACCAGUCAGUACCCAGCCAAACCAGAGGUGCGGACAAUAUCAGUGUAAGCAGUACCCAUGACUCCAUGUUUUUUUCACCUCUGGUUUCAUUCCUACAACUCCUCGAGAAACUAGAUGUAGCACAGCGGUUAAAGUCGGAUGGCAAGGUACCUUUCCAGCGGAGCCCUCUUGAUGUCCAUUUUCUGGAGGAUGUAGCACUCCACCACACUCGGACAGAGACUAACUAUGACCUCAGUACAGUUAACUUCUGAUCAGCUGUGUAUAUUGACCAGAGAGAAUAGGUUUUCAGGCAACUUUAUAAGCAUAUCUUACAGACAUACACAAUGUUGUCACUUUAAUGUUUCACAUGCAUACUCUGAAAUCCAUUUUGAUAUGUUAUCGAUUAGAGAAGUAUGUGUUAUUAACUGAUGAUGUGUUAUUAACU